CCACGGACGAACCUACACGGAUGACUUCCGGACAGUAGUAUUAAUUAGUAUAUUAGCUGUAUUGUAUAUUAUGAAAAGUAAAGCUCCAGUAGAUCGUCGCCGAGCGGGGCAGCAGCGCAGCCUGCAACAUAAGCGGCCGCAAUUUUUUCCGCAAACGCGCCGCUGCUCUCGUACUUUUUCGCUCGUCGAAGGCGUAAACAGAGCCACCGCCAUUUUCCCCCAAUAACCAUAUUACAUAGGUAUACAGCUCCACCACCACCACCGACGUCGCUCUAAGUACAAUACUGUACACUUGUACAGUACAACAUACCUACAACACCAACAGCAGCAGUGGAGUAGGUAUAGAUACGAAUACACGAGGAUACGAUAGCAGCGAAGCUUAGAAAGAGAAAGAAAGAGAGAGGGACGGAGACGGAGUCGGAGUCUCAUCCACACUGACGAGAGCGCACACAGCCUCCUGGAGCAGUAGCGGCACAGCAGAGAUCAUCACACAGCAGCGCAGCGCUGUACACACUUUUCGUCGAGCAGCAGUAGCAGCAUCGUCCUCGUCGGCGCUGCGCCAAGUUGAAAAGACUCACGGAUUAUAGCAGCGGUCGAGACUCGAGGGUAAACACACACUUGCUGGCCCAUACGUAGGUGCCUACACCUGCGGGACGACGCUGCGACUCGCUCUCUCGACGUCAGUGGCAACGUCCACCUCCAGACGUAAAUAUUGGCCUUAGUUGAAUAUACAAUAUAACACAAGACUAUUGAAGAGACUUACUUUACUUCACUAAAGUAGCCUUACACUUAAGAUUGGAACUGUGACAAUACAUCAAAGUAUUUUUCAAUGGAAGCGGAAUUGAUGAAAACAAGAUGUUGAAUCGUUGACACAUAAAUGUAGCCUAAAUUUGUAUCUAGAACUAGUUAAGGACAAUAAAAACAAAAGACCUAAGGUGUCAUCUGCCUGACCUCAACUCCCAGCUAAUCCUGACAAUGGAUGAUGAAGAAGGAUCGUCGAGUUCUGGACCUAUGUCUUCUCUCAACAGCCUUUUCACUUUCACCAGCCCAGCUGUCAAAAAGCUUCUGGGUUGGAAACAGGGCGACGAGGAAGAGAAAUGGGCGGAAAAAGCCGUUGACUCGCUCGUCAAGAAACUGAAAAAGCGCAAAGGUGCCAUUGAAGAGCUUGAACGAGCUCUGAGUUGUCCAGGAACGCCAAGCAAAUGCGUGACAAUCCCCAGAAGCCUGGAUGGCAGGCUGCAGGUGUCUCACCGUAAGGGUCUGCCUCACGUAAUUUAUUGUAGGGUCUGGAGAUGGCCAGAUUUGCAGUCACAUCAUGAACUGAAGCCGCUAGAACUGUGUCAGUAUCCGUUUUCGGCCAAGCAAAAGGAGGUCUGCAUUAAUCCCUAUCACUACAAGCGAGUGGAGAGCCCUGUACUGCCACCAGUACUCGUGCCGAGACAUUCCGAAUUCGCGCCCGGACACUCGCUCUUGCCAUUCCAACAGCUCACCGAGCCCACCAUGCCCCACAACGUCUCAUACUCGUCUACUGGAUUUAAUUCUUCUGGUACUACUGCAGUCGGUACCGGCGUAAACCCAACUUCUCCGAUCUCAUCAGUCGGCUCAGUGCCCAGUCCAGGCUCAGCAACGACGAAUCCAACGAGUCCGUACGGCUCCAACGGUCUACCAGAGACUCCGCCUCCAGCUUACUCUCCUCCAGAUGACGGCUCUCAACAUGGUCCUUCACCACCACCCGAUUCCACAGUUAGUUCAAAUUCCGCAAACAGUGGCGGCAACGGCAAUGCCGCCAUGGACACUUCGACAGGCAGUCCGGAAGUAGCACCGGUAUGCUAUCAGGAGCCACUCUAUUGGGCUUCGAUAGCUUACUACGAGCUCAACUGUCGCGUCGGCGAAGUGUUUCACUGCCAAUCCCACUCUGUAAUCGUUGAUGGCUUCACUAAUCCCAGCAAUAACAGCGAUCGCUUCUGCUUGGGUCAGCUAUCAAAUGUCAACAGGAAUUCUACGAUCGAGAACACGAGGAGGCAUAUUGGGAAAGGGGUACAUCUUUAUUACGUUGGUGGAGAAGUGUAUGCUGAAUGUUUGUCAGACUCAGCGAUCUUUGUGCAAUCGAGAAACUGUAACCAUCAUCAUGGUUUUCAUCCAAGCACAGUUUGCAAGAUACCACCCGGAUGUUCACUCAAGAUAUUUAAUAAUCAGGAGUUUGCACAGCUGCUUUCGCAGAGUGUUAAUCACGGAUUUGAGGCUGUCUACGAGCUCACAAAAAUGUGCACUAUUAGGAUGUCGUUUGUAAAAGGCUGGGGAGCCGAGUACCAUCGCCAGGAUGUGACCUCGACGCCCUGUUGGAUUGAAGUCCAUCUGCACGGACCCCUUCAGUGGUUGGACAAGGUUCUUACGCAGAUGGGUACUCCACACAACGCCAUAAGUUCAGUAUCUUAAACGAGAAGCUCAAAAUAAAUAAAGUUGAAGAGAGGUGACCUUUACAACACGCGACAACUCGAAAGUGUAAAUUUUUAUUAUUAUUUCAUUUUUUGUGACUCGCGCAAUAUUUUUAUGAAUUUUAUUUUGACUAUUAUGCAGUACGCAUGAGAAAAGGCGUGUGUGAAAUGAAGAGCGUGUAUGUGCGAGAUGAAAAGCAUUAAUUUUAUUAGUAUUUCUUUACGAAUUGUUGGUCAUAUUUUGUUCUUCGUUUAUAUAAGUCUUUAGUUUGUGUUGUGCGAUUCUAUUCUCGGAUCCACAAGGCAAGAUAUGUUUUUAUCUGAGAAAGAGAGGUAAAUAGGAAGAAUCUUUUAAUAAACUAUUAGCUAUAUUUGUCCUAUUCUGUUCUUUUCUUUUUCGGUAUUAUUUGGUCGAAAAGGAAGGAGAGAAUUGUAAGUUGAGUAGAUAGUGAUAUAUGAACGAAAGUAGACUUGAAAUCUAAAUGAAAGUAAAAAUUAUAUUCAGAAAAAAUAUGUGAAUGCAUAAUUUAUUGUACAGUUGAAGGGGGGGGGCAUUUUUGGAUACGUGGUGAAUACGUUGACUUUAUUCAUUACGAAUCGUAAUGAAGUUCGCUGGUGAUGAAGUAUACUUGAUAUUCGAUAUUGUAAGAGAGCUUAUCAAUACUGAAAAAAUGAUUUCGCUUCUCACGGAUGCCUUUUUGCAAUUUUUAAAGUUCAAACUUUGACCAUUAAAACAUACUUAUGAAAGUUGCUGCAAACACAAGAUAACCUUAUGCAAGGUGCCUUCUUUUAAUAACGAGAUUUACAAUAAUUACCCAAAGGCCUUUUACUCAGAAUCUUUGUGUCCUUUAGACCUAAAAAAAAGAAAAGUAGAUUUUUAUGCCAAAGCUGCGAGCAAAAAUGAAUAUUAUUCAUGCGACAUACAUUUGCUGUAUAUAUGACCAUUUAUUGAAUUAGUUAUUUUUUGAAUAGCGAAAUUUCUUCUUGUUUAGUUUGCAAACGCGCUGCCUAAAAAAUUUACAGCCAAAAUAGACUAUAAACUUCAGCGAGGAGAUGCAACGAAAAUUUGUUUCUCCGUCGCGUAAAUUAUGAGAUAUUAUAUGUGCGUUUGUAAGAUACGACAAUACUUUAUUCUAAACGUAACAAAAAGAAAACAAAAUGAUAAUAAAGCAACAAAACUGUGUGUCCACAAAUACAUCGACGUCUACUAAGUAUACAAAAUGAAAAUAAUGAGAUUAGAAAAAAACUAAACCUUUAGCGAGUGACUUGUACAAAAGGACACUUGAUAAGGAAGUAUAAAAUUUCCAAUUUCUCUUGCGACGAAUUUACCUUGUUUAAGAAGAAAAAGGUAAUCAAAUUGAUACAAAAAAAAUUAAAACGUAAUUUUUUUCAACUAUAUAGAUAUUUAUAAAUAUUCUUAAAAAUGUAUAAUAAACAAUGAAAAAAAAACAUUAUUAACACGAAGCCGUUAGAUUGCUAGAUAAACCAUUCCAUAAUGAAAAAAAACCUUACGAUGUAAAAUAAGUUUUCUGUCAAUCGUAAUGUCCGUUUGAAGUAUGUGUAUGUAUAGCGAAAAAAAAAUGUGUUUGUGAACCAUAUGCGUAUGAAACAAAAAUCUACGCAGCUUAUUGAAAUUGCAACUUCGUUUGGUGUCUUUAAGAGGAAUUAAUAAAACUGCGUUUGAGGAAAAGCGCGUCGAAUAUUAGUAAAUAAUGUAUAUCAAUUAUAUGUUGUAAAAAUGGGCAGCCAAAUUACAGGUAAUGAAAUUACUACAGUCAAACAAUUAUACUUUUUUAAUAAUCAUACCUUUAUCGAAGACAUUUUCUAAUAUUAAUCUAAAUCAUAAGAUAAAAUGUGAUUGCUUUAACAUUAAUUUAAUUAGGAAACAGUUUUGAUUUUUUUCACUGAUAAAUUUGAAAUUAUAUAAGAAAAAAAAACGUUGCAAUCGUGAGUCUUUCAUUGUGAUUUUGCCCAAAAAUCUCUGUAAAUUUACAAUAAGUAUAAUCUGAAAAAGGAUACAUAUAUCAGGCGAUGGAUAAAAUCAAAACUGAUUGCAUUCAUUGUCACCAUAAGACAUAAUCGAUCUCGAGGGCGCUUUUCCUUCUUAGGAUAAAUAAAUACAUCUAUAUACAACAAAGGAAAAUUAUAUUGCGAAGAAAUGAGACGGAUUCAGAAGUUCACUGUAGUACUCGGCUGAUAUUGUGAAUUUUAACUUGAAUAAGUAUAAAAACUAAUGGAACCGAAAAAUACAAUGCAAAAGAUGUAGUAAAAUAUUCACGACCGUGUGAUGAUAACUAAAGUGUAAAUCAUUUCCUUUGCGCGUCAGCGUAUACCUACAACUAAGUAUCUCUUUGCAAGUAUAAGUAAAGUAUAAAGAAUAUACAAAAAAGCGAGAUGAAAAGAGGUAAAGUGGCGUGCGUACCUAAUACUUUGAAUGUCCGGUGCGUUCAUAAAAAUCAUUUCUCGAAGACUUGUUCAUCGUAAAUACUGGGCAGGUGACCGAAGUCAACUAAUUCAUAUAAUGAGUAGGCUAAAAGUCGGUUAUGUAGACAAAAUUUUGAUGGCGAACUAUAAUAAAACAGCAAUUAUGUAAGCUGUAUCAGAAAAAAUCACCUAUAUUAUAUCGAAAAUCUUAUUUUUUAAAUUAAUACAAAUGCAAGAUGGAGUUUCCUCAUUAUCAUAUGUGUCUACGUGCGUAAUUUGUGAUUUGUAAAACGAUGUAACUAUAAAACAGUGAAAGCGAUGUUAAUGAUCUUUGUGACGAUUUUUAAUGAUUCCCGACGUAUGCAAAUAUUAUAGAUUGUUUUAAAUGAUGAUUAAUUUAGAGUGGAAACUACUAUGGAUGAGUAAAAACAAUGUUUACUUUCUAAUUCAAUGCGAAACCUCAACCAUUCGGAAUCGCCUUUGAUUAUUCAAUGUCGAGAAUAUCUUUAACUACUUUGAUAGUAUGUUUCGAUUGUUUAUGUGACGUUAUUUAAGAGACGAAUAUUGUUUUACAAAAGUAAUCUAGAAUGUAUAAGUAUAUAUCCGUAAACUUCUAAAUAAUUAUAAAAUAUUUGUUUUAUAUAUAUUAGUUGAAAGAUAUUUAUGAUAGCUUAUGUUAACAUAAGUCGAGUGAUAAUCAAGAGUAAUUUUUCUUAGAGAUAAUUAAUACAAAUCGACGAUUACUCUUGCUUAUUUGUACUUCUCAGAAAGUGUGAAAAAUGUUUAUUUUAUAAUUAUAAAAAAGUUUCAAUAUCCAGGUCUAUCACAAGCCUAAAUUACUUCUGUAAAAUGUAUUGUAUGUAUAAAUAGUAGAUGCCAAAUUAAAAAGCAGUUAUAAAGUACAAAAAAAGCAAACGAUUUUUUUGACUGUCGUCAUAUACGUGUAAACUUUGUAUUAUGUGUCUACUAUUUUAUUUUUAUCACAAAGCGUUUCCCCGACAGGCAAUAGAUAGCAAAAGAUCGUCACUAGGGUGCGACGUUGGGGAUACGAUAUUUCAAGAAUUUCCUUUCGACGCAAAAUAAAGUUUCAAUCAAUGUGAUUUUUUUUUCUAAAUUUAUUAUCUUUCUGCACAGUUAUUUUUCCGACAAAAUGAGAAAAAGAAGAUGCAAAUAGAAACAUUAGUCGAGUAUUUUAUUGAUUGCAUUAAUAACGUACAAACAUUCGAUUUGCACUCGAGUAAAUAUUUCACAAGCUGAUUACCUAUACAAAUCUACGUGUGAUAAAUUAUCCGAAACGAAAAUCAUUGUCAAUGCAUGAUUCGUUCUAAGUAUAACAGAUCGGCGGCUGUUAUAGAUUAACGAUCUCGAGUCCAAAGAAUGAAUACCCUUUUCUGUAUACUCUAUAUACUUCUCUUCGUUGCAACGAAGCUCUCGUCAAUUUCUGAAGUCAAUUAAGAAACUUCAACGUCUGUAGAGCAAGUAAGUCUUUCGCUCGCUAUAAGCCACUCCUGCGACAGACGAGCGCAUACAUCCUCAGGUGUGUGUCCACUGUCCACUCUCGCAUGUAACUCUCUCUCUCUCUCUCUCUCUCUCUCUCUCUCUCUCUCUCUCUCUUUCAGAGCCUAGAAUAAACUUAGUGUACGCGCGCGGCGGCGGUAGCAGCAGCUCUUUUUAGAGCCCGGGCCGACGCGCGGAACUGUCCCCGAGAGAAGAAAAAGAGAGAAUCUCCGAGGCUUUUCUCUUUUUGUAUACACAGCCGGACACGCACACAGACGUAAGAAAUAGAGCUCGAGGGGAUUAUCGCAUCGCGGGCAGUUGGCUCCGUUGUGCUCUGUGCGUGCUAUACUUACUUACUGUCUUUUUGCCAUAUACAUUUACGCGCGACUGCGAGUUUCGAAGAUUCACUGUCGGUUUUUUCUUCGGCUUUUUUUUGGAAGCGAGAGGAGGGAGAGUUUUUCGCGGAGAUGCGGCGAUGGUGAGUUUUUGAUUUAUAUGUACGUUUUGUUUCGCGGCUAAGGUGAGUGGAGUUUUUGGAUGAUCAGAGAGUAGUUUAUUAGGCGUUUGUUUGAGACGAUUGAUUACUUAUUCAGCAAGCGAGCAUGUAUAAUGAUAAUAAAGAUAUCUACAAACAUCA